AUGUCGACUAGACAAAAGCCCGAAGGCGAUCGAGAAGCUAGUGAUGUUGAUGAAACACCUUUCAAGUGCCCAUUCAAUGGUUGUAAAGCAAGUUAUCGCCGAAAAGAGCAUUUGCAACGCCACCGGGCAAAACAUUCCCAGCACGAACCGUUCAGAUGUCCAAAUUGUGAGCGGCAAUUCGGUCGGAGUGACACUCUUCGCCGACACCUCCGACAACAUCAUAAAAUCAACGAGCCAACGAAUCGUGCGCGGAAGGCGUGUGAGGCUUGCCAGGUGGCAAAGUCCCGCUGUGAAGGCGGCCCACCGUGCGAGGAAUGUGUACGUCGAGAGACUGAGUGUACAUUCAAAGAGGAGGGUCCUAUCCUGAGAAAGGACCAUCGCCAACCUCUGAAAAGCCAGCAAUCAACCGCUAUAGCAAACGACCCUCAGUCUCCCAGUAUUCUGGAGAAGAGAGAUAGGUGCAUUGAGCUUUAUUUCGAGAAGUUCAAUCCUUAUUGGCCCUUUAUUCAUAGAGCAUCUUUCUAUGCGCCCCGUGAGGUACCCCUGAUGGUGCAGUCGAUGAUUGUUAUUGGUCUAUGGGCUAGUGACGAGCGGGCUUCGCAAUCAGCUGCUAAGGAUCUUCAUAAUAAACUUGACGCGGCUAUCCGAGAGCAGACGGAAAAAUGGGAUGCUUCAGAUUAUGAGGUUUCUAGCAGUUGUCGCUGGCCACUGGCGACAUUCCAAGCAAUCCUCUUACAUAUUAUAUUCUCUUGCAUGAUAGAAAGUCGGGAUAAUUCUGAUUUCGAGCUCAAGGCCUCUCUCACCCCGAAGACUACCGAAUUAUUUACUGCGCUCGUCCGAAGUUCCCGAAAGCUUGGUCUAUUUUACUACCCAAAUAUUCUCGCUCAAUAUCGAGAUACUGGUGACGAAGGGUUGGCCUUGCUAUUUAUUGAAGAAACAAAGCGAUUUAAUCUGUCGUUGUACAAACUUGGCAGGAAAUUGAGACUUACAAGCGUCGGCCCGCAUACCUUGGAUUGGCGGGUUAAUACAGAUGAGCUCCAAUUUCCAAUGCCAAAAGGCCGUAUCUGGGUUGCUGCCACUAGAAGUGAAUGGGAUCGUGCAGUACCAGUUGGGUCGAUCGGACCUGAGCUCAAUGAAACCGUCGAGAACACAUGGAUGUCAAGAUCUGCCGAGUUAUUGGAGUAUCUUUAA